AUAUACAUAGCAUAGGAAGUUAGGAACCCCAUCUUCCCAACAAGAAGAAAAAGGGUUUCUUUCAAAGAGAUACAACACCAAGAGACAAGAUGAUGAUGAUGAAUAAUCUAUUCACAGCUGCACAAUGGGAAGAACUGGAGCAACAAGCUUUAAUCUACAAAUAUAUGGUCUCAGGUGUUCCAGUCCCAACUGAUCUCAUCUUAUCUGUCAGAAGAAGCUUAUAUAACUCUUCCUUCUCUUCCUCUUCCUCUUCUUCUUCAUCACUUUUAUCCAACCAACCUACCUUAGGAGUAUGGGAAGGAAGUUUUCAGUACAAUCAGUUAUAUCAAAUGGGGGGAAGUGGGUAUGGAAGAAAGAUAGAUUUAGAGCCUGGAAGGUGUAGAAGAACAGAUGGGAAGAAAUGGAGGUGUUCUAAAGAAGCAUACCCUGAUUCCAAAUAUUGUGAAAGACACAUGCAUCGCGGUCGAAAUCGUUCAAGAAAGCCUGUGGAAUUCUCUUCUUCUUCUUCAUCUUCAUCUACUGCUAAUGUUUCUUCCUCACCAUCAACUACAAUUUCCAAAUCAAUCUCCACUUCUGAUCAUCAUGCUUACCCUCCAUUCUCUUCUGAUCAUAAUAACCAGACUCAUUAUUCCUCAUCCAGACCACCUAUUCACACCAACUUUAUGGAUUCAUCAUCCUAUUCACAUCAAACCCCCCUCAAAGAUUACAGGUACUUGCAAGGAAUGAAGGAUUUAGGAGAGGAUGAAAGAACAGCUUAUUUCCAACUAAAUGAUCCUUAUACCACAACACAAAAGAUGGCUGCUGCUGCUGCUGCUGCUGCUGCUGCUUCUUCUUCUUCAUCUGAUCACCAUAACUACUCUCAUUUCAACUUCCAAAACCUCAAUGACCAAUUCAAAGAACAGAAAGAUAAAGAGGAACAAUCAGCACAAGGGCAACAUUGCUUUGUUAUGGGUACUGAUUUCAUUAAGUCAUCAGAAGAAACCACCAACACCAAACCCUGCAUUCAAACAGACACAAAAGUAGAUCAAACCACCCACACCCACACCCACCAUAAACAACCAUUCCACCACUUCUUUUCACCACCAAAAACCACACCUAACCAUGACCCUGGUUGGGUUGAAGUUGACCAACACCAGCACCAGCACCAGCACCAGCACCACCAACAUUUAACCAACCCACCAAAAUCCCCAUUAUCCACCCAAGACCUUUUUCAAUCCAAACCCAGACCUUACUGGUGUUUCUUGCACCUGGUAGUGGUGGUGGUGGAUGGUGUCUUUUAUGAUGUGCCAGUGGUCUCGAGGUGUUUCUUGCACCUGGAUGGUGUCUUUUAUGAUGUGUCGGCGAUCUUGAGGUGUUUCUUGAACCUGGCGGUGGCGGUGGCGGUGGCAGUGGCGGAGGUGGAGAUAACUGCUGCAAAUCUUGUAGUUGUUGGGAAUCAAGGGAAAAAGCAAAUAAGAGAAGGGCAGAGGCACAGUAUAAGAAAAGUGAAGUUGAGAAUGGGGAUUCCAUGGUGGUCGCUGAUAGCGGGAAGACUACCUGGUCGAACCGAUAAUGAGAUCAAGAACUACUGGAAUUGUUAUUUAAGCAAAAAGAAGAAAAAACAAAGUGAAUGUUAUUUAAUAAGAGAUGGAAGCAAAUUAGAUCAAGAAAGGAAGGCACUAGAAAGAGUCAGCAAGGACAUGAGAGAAGAGGAUGUCCACACCAUAGAUGAUGGAGCUAGAGUUGAGUGCUCGAAGGUCAAGUUUGAUGUAGAUGACUUCUUUGAUUUCUCCGAUGAGAACCCCUCAACUUUGGACUGGGUCAACAAGUACCUGGAAGGCGCUGGUAGUGGGCUUCUGUAG